AUGGAGACCGCUCGCAAUAACGCUCCCAUACCUAGAGUGAUGCUAAGCCCUUCGAAAUGGCUAUCACUCUAUGAAGACUUUGUCACCAAGAAUGCCAGCUCGGUUGGACAGGUCGAGUCCGCUUUGAGGUCGCUGACCUACAUCAUUCCAGGCCGCUAUCGUGAAUCAGAAAUAGCAUCCGAAUGCGUGCACUCGGGAGUACAGCUCUUAUCGCUUUACCAUGACUCGUUGGUAGCGCGAGUAAUCUCCCGACUACCGUCUACGGUGCCUCGACCGCCGCCCACCCCUCAUGCGCGAUAUACCAAGUACUGGAGCACCCGCUCCUCAUUGUACCGGAAGGUCGCCGUCGCGCUUCAAAUGCUUCAGUACACAGAGCUCCUGUGGGAAAUGGCAGCAAGGCGACGUGGCCAGAAGACUCGUUGGCGCGUCGUCGUAUUCCUUGAAUUCGCCAAGGCUGUCUGCCGCCUGCUUCUUCUUCGGCUGACCAACUCCAGGCCGCUGGUCAGCCCGCCACUCCCGGAGAGGGAGGUGGACCCCAGAUCGACUGAAGAAGAGGAGGACCAGAGCGAUUGGAAUGGCAUGCAGACACCUGUUAGCGAACGUUCCUCGGAUCUCAGCUGGACCAUGCCUCGUACGGGAUUGUCUCUCCCAUCUCUCCCAGACGUGAACGACGUGUCGAAUUAUCUCAUCUCCAAAGUCCUCACUGCUGAUGACAUCAAACCUCCCAAAACUCUGCUACACCGUGUGACAGGACAGGGACAAUUGGCGGAGGUUCUGUACAUCCUGCGACCUGUGGUAUAUGCUUUGGCGAUGCAGCGAUGGAGUGGAGAUAAGCGAAGCUGGCGGCCAUGGCUGAUUGGAUUCGGAAUGGAGUAUGGCUGUCGGCAACUUGCCAAGCGGGACUUCCGUGAACGAGUCGCGGGCGGUCUGCGCGGACUCACGGGUCUAGAGCGAGAGGAGCUCAAAAAGCGUGGAUGGUCCAUGGGCUGGUGGAUGAUGCGAGGCGCGUUCUAUGAGAACAUCACCAAGUCGUGGAUCCAGAGUGUAACCGGCAAGAUGAAAGGGAAGCCGCUCCUGGACCUCGUGGGAAGCGUGGUGGAGGACUACGGAUAUCUGUGGGACAAUUACUAUUUCUCGACCUCCACGUUGUGA